UCGAGCGAUCCGGUGACGAGGGGAUGGCCCGGACGACCGGGUCUCUACCUCGAUCUUUGGUGCUCUCUGCGAUCACAAUCCUGGUCCAGGAGGGUUAAGCAUCAACGAGCCAGCAUCAACCACAGCAUCACCUGCCACUCACCAUAGCCAAGCUGAAGCCAGAACAGCCUCGUCGAUGCCCGAUAUCGCCAAACUCUCCCUCGAACACAACCCAGAUAUCUUCACCAUCAUCUGUUGCAACGAGAGCUUCCAACUCGCACUCGACCACAACACCGUCAAGACCCUCCUUCGAGUGUGCAGGCGUGCCGAGCCCCUCCUGAGCUCCAAGCUAGAUCGCUUCUAUAUCUGGUACCAAGCCGAUAAGGGCAACGCCGCAGCAUCGUAUCUCCUGGCAUGGAAAGCGAGCUUCUCUCUGUAUGGAUGGCGGUCUGUGGGCCCCUCCGAACGGGUGGCUAUCCAGCAAGAAAUCUUCUACCGGAUGGAGAAAGCCGCCGAAGCCGAUCAUUUUAUGGCCCAGUUCCAACUGGCCGAGUGUUAUCGCAGCGGAGUUGGAACCAACCAGGAUCACACCAAGGCCGCCGAGCUCUAUCGCAGUCUUGCUGAACGUGGAAUCCUUCAGGCCCAAAUCGCUCUCGGCCGAUGCUAUGAGAAUGGCGAAGGUGUCGAUCAAGAUUACACGACAGCCAUUGGGUGGUAUUCCAAGGCUGCAAACCAAGGCAGUGACGAUGGUCGACUCCACAUGGUGUUCCUCCGUGGCUGGUUCUCGUUCAUCGUUCAUGGUGUCGAACAGAGCGAUGUCGACGCCUUCAACCACUGGCAGCAAGUCAGCACCCACUCUACCAACCCAGUCAUCAAGCCCAUCGCCACCCACAUGCUUGGCUGGAUGCACUACUUUGGCCGGGGCACCGAGCGAGACGAGCAGAAAGGUGUCGAGAUCAUCCGAGAGAACAAGCCUGAUGGGUUCGAGCUCGAGGAGGGUGUCCUGAUUGGUUACGUAGCCUCAUCCAACUCACCCGCAUCCCGCAAGUUCUUCAAUCUAUGCCUGCUGGGAUCAGACCGUGAAUGGCUUUGCAGACAUCUCAUGGCUCUGUGUCUGACUUGUGGAUUCGGCACUUUGAAGGACCAGGAGAAGGCAGCGAGUAUCUUUGAGCAGCUCGCCAACGAAGGCCACAGCGACAGCCAGUACUGGAUCGGAAGUUUCUACUAUGACCAGGGUGUAUCAAAGAGCUGCGAGAAGGGAUUCGAGUGGUACAGCAAGUCGGCUGACCAAGGUCAUUCGUAUGGGCAGUAUAUGGUUGGUUGCUGCUACUUCUAUGGAAACGGAGUCACCCAGGACUACGCCAAGGCAGCCGAGUGGUAUCGCGAGUCUGCCGAACAGGGAAAUCGAUAUGGACAAUAUCAUCUCGGUGACUGCUACAAGAAUGGGCAUGGUGUCCCCGAAGACAUUGAAACCGCCGCCUUUUGGUAUCGCAGGUCCGCCGACCAGGGAUGGCAAGAUGCCAUCAACCAACUCAAAAUGCUCGGCAAGUGGCCCUGAUCCCCAGUUCUGCACGAGUGCCACCUCCGAACAACCAAGUUGCAGCACUGAACAUUCAAGUAGCCAAGCAACCCAACCAACAACCAUCCCAGACCCAUGGGUAGUAAACAGCGGUUAUCGAUGAAGCAGCAAAGCCGAGUGAUGUUCUAUUUGGUAUCCAUUACAUCCAAUAUAUUCUAUUUUCGUCUAUCGA